GUGUAUAAUAGCGAAACUGAGAGUCUUGUGUAUCAGUAUUUAGCCGAAAGUCUCACAGUCGUUCUCGAUCUUUAAACGUACAGUAUUGAUAUUGUACUUACUGACAUUUCAAAGUGACUGACGGUUAAAAUUUCAGAGCCAACUUUUUUUUUCUCCUAUAGCUACAACAAUUUCAAAAGUGAUUUUUAUUUUUGUAAAGUCAAUAAUUUGUGCGCAGGGCAAAAAGACGAAUUUUAAUCUCGAAACAAGAAGAAGAAGAAGAAGAAUUCACUUUCGAGACGAAAAUAAUUUUUUUUAAAGAAUUUUUUUUUGUUCGAUUUAAAUUCUGUAUUUUGUGAUUUUAUCGUGAUCAAACGAUUAUUUAUGAUAAGAAGCGAGAAUAAUUGAACUUUAUCUCGACAGAGAGAGAGAGAGAAAUUUUUAAUCCACAUGUAAUUUAUGAAGGAAGCUUAAGUGCUUUAGAGAUUAUAGUGCGAGCUCUUUGCGCCUAAUAAUAAACCAGAAAUACAAUUAGAUUGAGAACGCAAGAUAAUCAGCUUUAGAGAGUUCAAUUGUUCAAAAUCACGAUCGUCUUCAAUUCGUCAAAAAUUUUCUGAUAAGAAACAAUAAAAUAAAAGAAAAAAAUGGAACUACUGGUACCUACAGUCUCAGAUAUAGUUUUUAAAUAUUCUUGGCCAAUUUCACGUUACAAAAAGACAAUAUCUAAGAGCAGUUACAUCGAUAGUCCGCCUUUUAAUAUAAAUGUUAAUGGAAUUCACAGUACUUGGACUCUUUCGAUCCGAUUUUGGAAAGGCCCUGAAGGAAAGAGAGUAACAAAUCCAGUUGUUUUAUGUUUAAAUAUGUUAAAAUGCACCGUCGAGGAAAUGGAGCAAGUAAAAGUAAGAUUUCAAUUUGCCGUUUUUAAUGCGGACGUUAAUCAUUGGGAAUAUUGUCACGUCAGUAGAACAAUAUUAGAAUUAAAAUCAACCACCGAUAUAUUAUCUCUCGGCUAUAGAGAUUUAUCAAUUGUCGAACGACAUUUAAAGAAAAAUGGAGAAGUCGUCGUAAUGGUGAAAAUACAAAUAAUUCAAUGCGAAAGCGAAAAACAUUCUCUAUCCCAGGAUAUGGCGCGACUUUUGAAACACGCACGAGCAGCGGAUACAAAAUUGACAUGUGGCGGGACAAAUAAUACAGAAAUUUCAGUUCACAGUAGCGUGAUAACAGCUCGAAGUUCAGUAUUGGCGAAUAUGAUAUCGCCAAUGGAAAAUGAUAAUUUCAAUGAAGAUUCAAAAAAGAAGAAUGAAAAUGAAAGUGAAGAGCAAAUGAAAACAAUCGUUGGGGAGGAAGAUAAAAAUGUGGACACGCCGCUGAAAUACAAAUUGGAAUUGAAAGAUCUAUCGAAAGAAGUCACGGAGGAAUUACUUCGAUAUAUUUAUAGUGAUCACGUUGAUAAUUUGGAUACCUUGGCGCCACAAUUACUAUUCCUAGCCGGAGAAUUUCAUUUACAAGGACUGAAGGAAUUGUGCGAGAGAAAUUUGAUUGAAACAAUAACUCCGGAGAAUGUGGCAACGAGAUUAUUAGUUGCCGAUGAAUUUAACUGUGAGGCAUUGAAAAGAGCCGGUUUGGCAUACUGCGAAGAAAAUGCAAUGAGUAUAACGAAAAAUUUCGCUUGGAAAAUGAUGGAACAAGUGAAUCCAGAAUUAUUUCAUGAAGUUUGCGAAGCCGGAAUUGGAGGAUCAUUAUCCAGCAAUAUGGAUGACAGUGAAUUGAGCAAUUGAAAAUUCCUCUAUUGAAAUUAUAAAUUCAUUUUCUUUAUAUAAAUUAAUGAAAUUAGAAAAUGAAAAAUUGUUUCAUUUUUUCUAACUUCUACUUUUUGCGAAUAUAAAUAUAAAUUUUUAUUUAUUU